AUGGCCAUUCUUGCGGUUGCUGGUGGAACAGGCGAUGUUGGCCGAACACUGGUCGAGGAACUUGUCCAGUCAGGCAAGCACAAGGUCAUUGUGCUCUGUAGAAAGCCCCUCGACAAGACUCCCACGGCUAUCAUCUCAGGUGUAGAGUACGCUGAGGUCGAUUAUGAUGAUAUCGAGGGCACGGCAAAGAUGUUGGAUAGCAACAAGGUUGACACGGUCAUUUCCGCUCUGACCAUCGCCGGUCCUAGUGCCCAAGCCCAACUCAACCUGAUUGCGGCGACCGACAAGUCCUCCUCAACUCACAGAUUCAUCCCCAGCGAAUACGCAGGCUACGUGGCACUGGACAAGUCGAGCCUCAAGUACACCCGCAUCCCGAUCGGAAUCUUUAUGGACUACAUGGGACUCCCUCAUAUCCCCAGCCACAUUCGAAACUUUCCAUGGGCAUUCGACUUCCCAUCACGUCGCGCUGUGGUUUCAGGAACCGGCAACGAACCCUUCACCAUGACGUACUCCAAGGACCUCGCACUUUUCGUGGCUCGUCUCAUCGACGAAGAUGAAUGGCCCGAGUGGAGCUUCAUUGGUGGCUCUGACGUUACUCAAAACCAGAUCGUGGCUCUGGCGGAGAAGGCCCUUGGUGAUAAAUUGGCCGUCACCCAUGACAGCCUAGAGGAUCUCAAAGUGGGAAAAGCCACCGUGCUAUUCCCAAGUGAGGAGACCUACGGGGGUAUGGAUCCUGCGGGAAUGAUGGCUAUGCUAGGAGCUUCUGUGGCCGAGGGGGAGAUGCUGCUUCCAAAGGAGGGUCGCCUGAAUGAUAGGUUCCCGGAUGUCCAGACUACGAGCAUUGAUGAUCUCAUUACCCGUGCCUGGACUGGCAAAUAA